GCACAUGGAGGGAGGGUCUUUUCAUUGACUUCAACUUUUUACACUUUUCUCCUCACUAACACACACACACACAGCCUGGACUCUCACAUUAAUACACACACACACACAAUCUCGGCAUCAAUUCAAGUGGAUACGGAAUACUUGGACCGUGAAGACCAUCAGAACCUCGUCAGGACCAAACAUCUGGCAGAACCAACACGAGCUGGAACAUCUGUGCUCGCGUUGGCCGACUGAGAUGUGUCCCUCAACGAUCAAGCCGGUCCAGGUCCUGGCUCAGAUCCUGGUCUUGCUGGGUCCUGCUGCAGGCUACAGUUUGGAUCUGGAGAAUGUCCUGGAGUUCCAUGGCGUCAAGUCCUCCAUGUUUGGAUACUCAGUCCUGCUGCAUCGUCACAGAACUCACAGCUGGUUGGUGGUGGGCGCUCCAGUGGACAACACAUCAUCUUCUUCUUCAUCAAGUCACUCUCCAGGAGCAGUUUACCGCUGCAGCAUCAGCACGGAUGAUCGUCACUGUCAGCUCAUGAAUGCCGACGUGUUGCACUGUGGGAAAACGUGUGAGGCAGAGAGUGACCACCAGUGGUUAGGAGUCAGUCUGUCCAGACAGCCUGGAAACUCCGCAGCAGGAGGAGGACAUGUCCUGGCGUGUGCACAUCGCUGGAAGAACGUGUACUAUUCAAAAAAAGACAGUCAGAACAACAAGCUGCCCAAUGGCGUCUGCUAUCGCUAUGACAACAACCUGAGACACGCCCAGGCUAUCAUACCCUGCUACAGAGACCACCAGAGGAAGUUUGGGGAGGAAUAUGGGUCAUGUCAGGCCGGCAUUUCCAACUUCCUGACAGAGGACCUGAUCAUCAUGGGCGCUCCAGGGACGUCUUAUUGGACGGGUUCAGUCUUGGUGUACAACACAUCCAGCAGCGUCAUGUCCGUCUACUUGGACGACGACUCGGCAGCUGUCGGCUUUGGAAGCUAUUUGGGUUAUUCGGUGGGAGCAGGUCACUUCCUGAAUGCUGCUAGCUUGGAGGUGGUGGGCGGAGCUCCACAGUGCAACCAGAGGGGCAAGGUGUUCAUAUUCUCUUUGGAUGGCAACAUGUUGCGUGUGCUCACCCACGUGGCAGGAAAAGAGCUGGGAUCAUACUUUGGCGCUAGCGUGUGUGUGGUGGAUCUGAACGCUGACGGCCUGUCAGAUCUGUUGGUCGGCGCUCCCAUGGCGACAGGCCUUAGCAGAGAGGAGGGGCGUGUCCACGUCUACAUCAACCAGGGACAGGCCAAGCUUGUGGAAGUGGAAUUUCAACUGAGUGGCAGUGACGCCAAUGCCGCCCGCUUCGGAGAGACCAUCGCUGACCUGGGAGACCUGGAUGAUGAUGGUUACCCCGACGUGGCUGUGGGCGCCCCCCAGGAGGAAGAGCUUAAAGGUGCUGUCUAUAUUUACAAUGGAAGGAAGGAUGGCAUCUCUCAAACUCCGUCACAGAGAAUCAGUGGCUCCUCACUGGGUCGUGACCUCAGGAUGUUUGGACAGUCACUGAGCUCAGGUGUAGACAUCGAUGACAACGGUUACCAAGAUGUGGCGGUGGGGGCGUUCCUCUCGGACGUGGCCGUGGUUCUCAGGACACGUCCUGUACUUCAGGUGGCGGCGUCGCUCACGUUGCCCGAGCGCAUUGACCAGCGCGUGGCAUUAUGCAGGGAACACAUGACACCAACAGUGUGCAUCAACGUCACCGUCUGCUUCAGAGUCACAUCCAGGCAGUACAGAGGAGCUAUUGAGCUUCAGUACAACCUGACCUCUGACCUCCUCCACAAGCCGUCCUUCCCUCACCGCUUCUAUUUCCACGGAAACGGCUCGUCCAAUAGCACAAAGGGGCGCAUCCGGACACGACUCAGCCAGCUCACGUGCACGACCCACGUGGCUUACCAGAGGAAAGAUGUGAGGGACAUCUUCACGCCGCUUCAAUUUGAGGUUUCUUACAGCCUCAGAGAAACAAACACAAACAAGCCAACGUCCAAACUCUUCCCCCCAUUGAAACCCAUCCUGAAGAGAGGGGCAGGGCAUUACAACACCGUAACCAACCAGACGCACUUUGCUCGUUCCUGCUUCCUGCUCAACUGCUCUACGGACCUCAAGCUGUCAGCGAGACUGGUGCUACCGCAACAGCAUCAGUACUUUGCUUUGGGUUCUGGACGCUCCUUCAUGUUGAACACGUCACUGGUUGUCGCGGGAGACGACGCCUUUCUGCCUCGCCUCAUGCUGCGUUUCCCAGACGACAUUCACUACAUCAAGGUGCUGCAUAACGAAGACAAGGUGGUGAGGUGUGACGUCACACAAGAAGUGAACAGCACAACAGUGGAAGUGGACUGUGGCAUCUCCAGCCUCAUCCUCGUGUCUCACUCCCUAGUGAACAUUAGCUUCCUCUUGGACGUCAACCAGAACGCCACACCUGGUGACAUCAUCAUUCACGCCAACGCCAGCAGUGACAAUGUCGAGAAUAUGGAGUAUCUCCAUGACAACGCAGUGAGCCUGGUACUUCCUCUCAAAUAUGGCGUCGACAUCAACAUUCACGGUUUUGUGACUCCCACCUCCUUCCUGUUUGGAGAUGAAGACACAACCCAUGUUGACUGUUACAACCAAAUAUUUAACUACACUUACAAGGUGUUAAACUCAGGUGUCAGCAGAUCAGUGGACACAGUAGUGGACAUCUCUCUGCCAAAGCUGUUGAUUCCCUAUCCUCACAGACUGCUACAUGUGGUGGACUGGCAGACGUCACAAGGUGUUUGCACCAUCAGCGACGACACUGUCUCAGUUCUCGACGAUUGCGAUGUCCCUCAAGCUUCCCUCAUCAAACAACUUGUUUUCUUCUUCUCUUCCACUUCCACGCGCACCAUGUUCUGUGGCCGUGACGACCAGCUGUGCGAGCGACUGGUGUGUCGCCUUGGCAACGUGGAGCCCAGCCGAGACGCCACCAUCCACCUGGAGGUCAGACUGAACCCUGACGUUCUUCUCCAAGCACCCGGUCGCCACAGUGUCGUGAAAUUGGAGAGUACAGCCGUGAUAUCAUCACCCAAGAAUGACCUUCACACCGUUCUCAAGCAGGAACGACCUGUAGCACAUGCUCUGGUGGAGGCUCACUUCACCCAGAAACCUUCCACACCCGUCAAAAUCUUCAUCAUCGUGGUCAGUUUAGUCCUGGGUCUGAUGAUCUUGGCCGCGCUCAUCUGGUGCUUGUGGAAGGCUGGUUUCUUCAAGAGGGACUUGCAGAAGAAGAAGGAGGAGGAGGAAUUCAAGAGGGACAGCUGGGACUACGUUCCCAAACGGAACCACAGGGAGAGCACUUCCUAACGGACACCGCCUCAAGAUGGCUUUGUUGGUUUGACUGACAUUUAUUUCAAGGCCAGACGGACUGACACUGCCAGCUAAUUCGUUCAAAAGCGCAGGAAGUGCUGACGUCAGUGGUCAAUGAAACGCAUCCUCACACAGUCAGGUGGUUUCAACCCUAAACAACCUCUGACCUUCUUCAUCGCUGUGUUACUUGAACAGCGCUGAGAGGCAGAAAGAAAAGGAUGGACCAAUCAGAAGGCCUCGGCUUUCAGAAUCCCUGACUUUCAGGGCACCUUUUUGACCUCAGAGGAUGGCAGCCAAGUUUUCAAUCACCUGCUGAGAGACACUUCCUGCUUGGAGUACAGCACUUCCUGUAUACAACCUUUGACACACUGACCUGUAGAGGAAGUCACAUGACCACUGGAAGAUGCUGUACAGUGUUGUUGUCAGUGAACACAACAUUUAUGUUGAUAUUUUGUUUUUUUGAGUUUUUCACACACUUCAUGUUAUCUUUCACGCUAAAACUAGCUGCCUUCUUGUCCUUUCCUUAUUUAAAUGUUUCACUAAGUGAUUCAAAGAAGCGUAGAGCGCCAAUGUUACUUUCUGUUAUAUUUCACACUAAAGGUUUGAGCCUGGAUAUGUUUGUUCACGUCAACUUGUUCUGCACUGAUAGUCUAAUAAAGUGAUGUCAUUUCUAUUUAAGCAUCUUACCAACA